AUGUGGGAUGUGCUGGGGGGGAUCCUGUGGGACAGCCCAGCCUGGGAGCAGGCCAAGAGGAAGCUGGACCUGGAGGGCCCCGAAUUUCGCAUGCCCAAGGGGAAGGGCUGGACACUGGCACAGGUCCCCAGCCCCAGGACCCCCAAGUCUCCCGGGGAGAAGACUCGCUACGACACCUCAUUGGGGCUGCUCACCAAAAAAUUCAUCCAUUUGCUGAACGAGUCUCCUGACGGUGUUGUGGAUCUGAACCGGGCUGCCGAGGUGCUGGAGGUCCAGAAACGUCGCAUCUACGACAUCACCAACGUACUGGAGGGCAUCCAGCUCAUCCGCAAGAAAUCCAAGAACCACAUCCAGUGGAUGGGGACGGGGAUCUUUGAGGAUGCAGCAAUGGUGGCGAAGCAGCAAGUGCUGCGAGGGGAUCUGGCUGAACUGGCUGGGACAGAGAGGAUUCUGGACCGGCUCAUGCAGGACUGUGCCCUGCAGAUCCAGCAGCUGGCUGACAAUGAGACCAACCAGAGGCUGGCGUACGUCACCUACCAGGACCUCCGUGCCACCAGCAGCUUCCAGGAACAGACGGUGAUUGCCGUGAAGGCUCCCCCUGAGACACAGCUGGAGGUGCCAGAUUUCAGCCAGGAGAACUUCCAGCUCCACCUGAAGAGCACCAAUGGCCCCAUUGAGGUGUACCUCUGCCCAGAGGAGAUCACAGAAGAAAGCCCCACCAAGGAGCACCCUGUCCCCUUUGCUGCCACCUCCCCACGGGACGACCCCGUACCCCUUUCCCUGCCAAACAGCUCCCCAUCAGCUAAACAGCCACCCUACCCCAUCUCCCAGAGCUGGGGGGGCACAGGAAGCCCUCUCUCACCCCCAUCUCUGCCUCUUCCCAUCCAGGGGGGACCCAGCUCACUGCUGGAGAUGGAGCCUGGGCUCCUGGGUUCCCCUACCCACCUUCUGCAGCAGACGGAGGACCAGCUGCCCUGCACCCCCUCCCACCUGGACUCGGGACCCUUCAUCACCUUCUCACCCGCCCUGGAACAGGAUGACUAUCUCUGGGGGCUUGAGGGCGAGGGUGUCACAGACCUCUUUGAGAUAUAUGACCUGGGGGACCUGCUGAAGCACUGAGUGUCCCCCUGCCAGUCAUCAUUUCCUUUGUUCCCUCUGGCCGCUUGUGUCCUGAGCGCAUAGGAUCUGUGUGGGGUGACUGGAGAGAUUGGGGAGCACGGGUUUUUCUGAUGAUGGCAGGGAGAGGGGGACUUGUGUUGCUCACCCAGUGUGGCUCUCUGCACUCUCCUGGGUUGGUUGUCACCUCACUGGGCUCUGGGAGUGCCCUGGGAUCCAUCCAGGACUCAUCCCAGCAUGCCCCCAUAAAUCCAUGGGGUACUGAUGCUUCCCACCAUUACCCCACAGCUGGGGGUGCCUUUUGGGUGCCCCAGAUGGGUUAGGGGCACCCUUGGGUGGCAGAGAAACCUCUGCCCAGAAUGGUCUGUGUCAUGUUUUGGGGUCACUCCAGUUGUUCCUCAGUUAAACUGGUUCUUCAUGGUCUCAACAGGUCAUUUCCAGUGGCACAUUCCCACCAUGGCUGGAAUAUCCUUAAAAAAACAUUCAGGCAGCAAAGCUGAAGUCAUCUUUGGGUGAGGGAAGGAUGAAGCUCACUUGGCUCUGGCAAAUCUCUGGCCAGAACAUGGAGCUGUAUUCUCUGAGGGACUACAGCCCCUCUGCCCCAGUCCACACCAGUUCCCUCCCUCCAGCCUCUUGGAGCUAUUGGUGCUGGGAGUAUAAAAACUGGAAUGUACAGGGAAGAGGUAUGCCUAGAGGAGGCGAUGACCUGCAAGAGAGGGGCUUGGGAAAC